UAAGUUGUGCAAAGUUUUAAACAUUCAGUUAUAAUCUUGUACAGUUUAGUGAACCUAAAAUGUUAUUGAUUGAUAUUUUGUGAUACGAAUCUAAAGCUCAGCUGAAACAUGAAACUGCCGGGGCCCAGCAGAAGCGUGGUGUGCCUCGCCGCGCUACUUUCUUACAUAACACUCGCGCAAGCCAUCGACUGCUUCAAAUGCGUCUCCAUGAACGGCAAGUUCUCGGCGUGCGACGACCCGUUCCACAACAACCAUUCUCUACAAAUGUUGGAGUCACCCUGUAUGGGGGGGCGGAAGGGCCGAGAUGGAUUAUUUCCGGCUACUUCCUGUAUAAAGAUCGCUGGGGUUUUCGAUGACACUGGCGAGCGCAUCACGGUGCGGGGCUGCGGGCUGGACUCGGGGACUGUGACGACGGACACGGAAAUCAUUCGCAUGUCGCACUGCGGUCGCUUCUACUACAACGACAGAUACGUGCACGGUUGCCUGCAGAGCUGCAACGACGCGGACGCUUGCAACGGCGCGCCUCGCACUAUGCACGGAGUCGCACUUGUCCCGCUAUUGUGUACUAUCAGCUUUCUUUUGAUACAGAGCUAACAGAGACCGGGCUAA